AUGUCCUCCAGCAGACAUCAGGCUUCUGCGACGGUGCCCAUCUCCCACCAGCGGAGCCCCGUCGGACGGGCACAUUCUCUUUAUCGGGGCUAGAAGGGAGGGCGAGAAGGGAAGGAAAAGCGACGGGGCUGUCCGUCUGCAGUUGUUCCAGACCCGAGGAGGCUCCGGGAAAGACGCCCCCAAAGCGCGUAUGUCUGCUUUUCCUGUUUUUCCAGGUCGGCGUAGAAAGCUAUUUUCAUUCGGGCGCCAAAAGCUUCUCAGCGCUCCACCAGCGCAGCCCCGUCCCGCCCCGCAGCCCCCGGCCCGCUGACGCGAGGGGCGGUGCUCCCGGGGGCCGGUCUACGCGGGGCGGCUCUGCCAGCGCCCAACGCGGGGCAGCGAGCGGGGCCGGGAGGAAGCGGCGCGAUGGGGCCGGCGGCGGGGGACGCGGAGGCGGCGGCGGCAGCGGCAGCGGGGGGCGGGCCUUGGCUGCUGCUGGCGCUACCGCCGCUGCUGCUGCUGUUCGCGCUGGUAGUUCGGCAGCUGUUGAAGCAGCGGCGGCCGCCCGGCUUCCCUCCCGGCCCCGCGGGGCUGCCCCUCAUCGGCAACAUCCACUCCCUGGGCGCGGAGCAGCCGCACGUCUACAUGCGGCGCCAGAGCCAGAUCCACGGGCAGAUUUUCAGUCUUGAUCUGGGAGGUAUAUCUGCUAUUGUGCUGAAUGGCUAUGAUGCAGUGAAAGAAUGCCUUGUCCACCAAAGCGAAAUUUUUGCAGACAGGCCACCUCUUCCUUUGUUUAAGAAGCUGACAAACAUGGGAGGCUUACUGAACAGUAAAUAUGGCAGAGGAUGGACAGAACAUCGCAAACUAGCUGUAAAUACCUUUCGAACUUUUGGAUACGGUCAAAGGUCCUUUGAACACAAAAUUUCAGAAGAAUCUGUGUUUUUCCUUGAUGCCAUUGAUACCUACAAAGGCAGACCAUUUGAUCUGAAGCACUUGAUAACAAAUGCCGUUUCAAACAUUACUAAUUUGAUUAUUUUUGGAGAACGUUUUACGUAUGAAGAUACUGAAUUUCAGCACAUGAUCGAGAUUUUCAGUGAAAAUGUUGAAUUAGCUGCUAGUGCCUCUGUAUUUUUGUAUAAUGCUUUUCCUUGGAUCGGCAUCUUGCCAUUUGGGAAACACCAGCAGCUGUUUAAAAAUGCAGCAGAAGUCUAUGACUUUCUUCAUAAGCUUAUAGAACGAGUCUCUGAAAAUAGGAAACCUCAGUCACCUCGGCAUUUUAUAGAUGCAUAUUUAGAUGAGAUGGAUUGCAACAGAAGUGAUCCAGAAUCUACAUAUUCAAGAGAAAACUUAAUUUUCUCUGUUGGAGAACUCAUCAUAGCUGGGACAGAAACCACAACAAAUGUUUUGAGAUGGGCGGUGUUAUUUAUGGCUCUUUAUCCAAACAUUCAAGGACAUGUUCAAAAAGAGAUCGAUUUAGUCAUCGGCCCAAACAAAAUGCCUGCUUGGGAAGAGAAAUGUAAAAUGCCAUACACUGAGGCUGUUCUCCACGAAGUCCUAAGAUUCUGUAACAUAGUUCCACUAGGUAUUUUUCACGCAACCUCCAAAGAUACUGUUGUACGUGGUUACUCUAUUCCUGAAGGCACUACAGUUAUUACAAACCUCUACUCUGUACAUUUUGAUGAAAAAUACUGGAACAACCCAGAAGUGUUUUUUCCUGAGAGAUUUUUGGACAGCAGUGGACAGUUUGUCAAGAAAGAUGCAUUUAUUCCUUUUUCAUUAGGAAGAAGACAUUGUCUUGGAGAACAGCUAGCUCGAAUGGAACUGUUUCUGUUUUUCACUUCGUUACUGCAACGAUUUCACCUGUGUUUUCCUCAUGGUGCGAUUCCAGAUCUCAAACCAAGAUUAGGCAUGACAUUGCAACCACAGCCAUACCUCAUUUGUGCAGAAAGACGAUGAAGAGAGGUGUUUAGACUGUCAGGUGGAGGAAAAUGGUCCAAGCUGCUGUCAAGGAGUCACUUGGAUUUUAUUUCUAAAUGUAUUCAAAUUGGAAGAACAGAAAUGUUAAUGACUUAAACUAUGGUUAUUUAUGCACAAGUGCAUGGUUUCUUUUUACUUAGUUUUCACAAAGCAGACAAAAAAACACUCUCUACCAAAAAUAUAAAAAAAAUCCUGUGUUUAAGGGUGACAUUUCCACUCCAUCAAUUUGUUUUGAAUCUAACAUCUGAUUCAGCUUUUAUUUUCUUAGCAAGCUAUUUUACUUUGAGAGAGUAUUUUUAUGACAUAAAGAAUAUGGCUUAAAUUUUUAUACUCAGAUUUAUCUCUAGAAAUCCUGUAUAUCCUUAUUCAAGCAAAACUGGAAUAUAUGAUUCUCUAUUAAAUUCAUACAGCUAAAAUGAUUUUAAAGGUAUAUUUAAAUUUCUGUAACUGAGAAAUCAUAAUUUGUGACCUCGACAAACAAGUCUAUAAUUAAAGCAUUUCAAUCCUUCCUUCAUCA